AGUGCCCGUCCCUGACGUCCAGGCAACUCGAACAGCAGCCCCGCGCCCCACAGGCCCCCGCCUUCCCAACGUCACGGCCACUGAGCGCAGUGCCCCCUAGGGGCUCCUCUCCGCUGAGGAAGAAUAGCCAGGACCUUCCUGCCACUGGCCCGUUACCGGCCGGGUCCGGUUCUCCCGCCUGGCGCCCGCCCCGCCACCCCCAGGAGGGACGUGAGCCGCUGCGUCUCUGAGCUCAGCCGCCGCAUCUCCGCGUCGCGGGAAAACCCGCGGCCUCCCGCUUCCGCCGCCUUGCCGCGUUGCCGCUGCACCGCCUGCGCCUCGCCAUGAGCGCGCGCCUGCCGCUCGUCCUGCGCCGACUCGGCCGCCUGCAGCCCCCCGGCCCGCCGCGCCGCCUCCGAGAGCUUUGUCGCGCCAGCAGCGGCGGGGGCGGCGGAUGUGGCGGCGGGGAGGGCCUGCUGGGGCAGCGGCGGCUGCGGGACACCCAGGCCGGGAGCAGCCGGGGCCCGGGCAGCCGGGCGCCCCCAGCGCGGGACUCCAUCGUCCGAGAAGUCAUUCAGAAUUCGAAAGAAGUUCUGAGUUUACUGCAAGGAAAAAACCCUGCCUUUAAGCCGGUUCUUGCUAUUAUUCAGGCAGGUGAUGAUAACUUGAUGCAGGAAAUAAACCAGAACUUGGCUGAGGAGGCUGGUCUGAACAUCACUCACAUCUGCCUUCCUGCAGAUAGCGGUGAAGAUGAGAUUAUAGAUGAGAUCCUGAAGAUUAAUGAAGACACCAGAGUACAUGGUCUUGCCCUUCAGAUCUCCGAGACCUCAUUUAGCGACAAAAUCCUCAAUGCCUUGAAACCAGAAAAAGAUGUGGAUGGAGUAACGGAUGUAAACCUGGGGAAGUUGGUACGUGGGGAUGCCCGUGAGUGUUUUGUUUCACCUGUGGCCAGAGCUGUAAUUGAACUUCUUGAAAAGUCAGGUGUCAACUUAGAUGGAAAGAAGAUCUUGGUAAUAGGAGCCCAUGGGUCUUUGGAAGCCACCCUGCAAUGCCUGUUCCAGAGAAAAGGGUCCAUGACAAUGAGCUCCCAGUGGAAAACACCUCAGCUUCAAAGCAAGCUUCAUGAGGCUGACAUUGUGAUCUUGGGCUCACCCAAGCCGGAAGAGAUUCCCCUUUCUUGGAUUCAACCAGGAACUACUGUUCUCAACUGUUCCCAUGACUUUCUGUCAGGGAAGCUUGGAUGCAGUUCUCCCGGUGUCCAUGGUACUGGUCCCAUCGCAGAAGAUGUGAGUCUUCUUGCUGCCGCUCUGCGGAUUCAGAACAUGGUUAGUAGCAGAAGGAGAUGGUUCCGUGAGCAGCAGUACAGGAGGUGGAGACUUCACUGCUUGAAACUUCAGCCUCUGUCCCCCGUACCAAGUGAUAUCGAGAUUUCAAGAGCACAGACUCCAAAAGCUGUGGAUAUCCUUGCCAAGGAGAUAGGGUUGCUUGCAGAUGAAAUUGAAAUCUAUGGCAAAAGCAAAGCCAAAGUACGUUUGUCCCUGCUAGAAAGGUUAAAGGAUCAAGCAGAUGGAAAAUACGUCUUAGUUGCUGGGAUCACACCCACCCCUCUUGGAGAAGGGAAAAGUACAGUUACCAUUGGGCUCGUGCAGGCAUUGACUGCGCACCUGAACAUCAACUCCUUUGCCUGUCUGAGGCAGCCUUCUCAAGGACCGACUUUUGGAGUUAAAGGAGGAGCUGCAGGUGGCGGAUAUGCCCAGGUCAUCCCUAUGGAAGAGUUCAACCUUCACCUGACUGGGGACAUCCAUGCCAUCACCGCUGCUAAUAACUUGUUGGCUGCUGCUAUCGACACAAGGAUUUUGCAUGAAAAUACUCAAACAGAUAAGGCGCUGUAUAAUCGACUGGUUGCUUCAGUGAAUGGUGUUAGAGAAUUUUCAAAAAUUCAACUUGCUCGGCUGAAAAAACUGGGAAUAAAUAAAACUGAUCCGAGCACUCUGACAGAAGAGGAAAUGAGGAAAUUUGCCCGUCUUGACAUUGACCCCUCCACCAUCACCUGGCAGAGAGUCAUGGAUACAAAUGACCGAUUUCUACGAAAAAUAACCAUCGGGCAGGGAAGCACAGAGAAGGGCUAUUCCCGGCAGGCGCAGUUUGACAUCGCCGUGGCCAGUGAGGUCAUGGCAGUGCUGGCUCUGACUGACAGCCUCGCGGACAUGAAGGAGCGGCUGGACAGAAUGGUGGUGGCCAGUGACAGCAACGGGCAGCCCGUGACGACAGGUGAUUUGGGGGUGACAGGUGCUUUGACUGUUCUGAUGAAAGACGCAAUAAAACCAAAUCUGAUGCAGACCCUAGAAGGGACGCCUGUAUUUGUGCAUGCUGGCCCCUUUGCCAACAUUGCCCACGGCAACUCUUCAGUGUUGGCUGAUAAAAUUGCCCUGAAACUGGUUGGUGAAGAAGGAUAUGUAGUGACUGAAGCUGGCUUUGGUGCUGAUAUUGGCAUGGAGAAAUUCUUCAACAUCAAGUGCAGAGCUUCUGGCUUGGUGCCCAGUGUUGUGGUGCUGGUGGCAACGGUGCGGGCUCUGAAGAUGCACGGAGGUGGACCAAGUGUAACUGCUGGGGUCCCUCUUAAAAAAGAAUAUACGGAAGAGAACCUCCAGCUGGUGGCAGAUGGCGCCUGUAACCUAGAGAAGCAAAUUCAGAUUGCUCACCUCUUCGGGGUCCCUGUUGUCGUGGCUCUGAAUGUCUUCAAGACCGACACCCGAGCGGAGAUUGACUUGGUGUGUGAGCUUGCAAAGCGGGCUGGCGCCUUUAAUGCAGUGCCCUGCUAUCACUGGUCGAUUGGUGGGAAAGGGUCGGUGGACCUGGCUCAGGCUGUGAGAGAAGCUGCAAGUAAAAAGAGUCGUUUCCAAUUCCUGUAUGAUGUGCAGCUUCCAAUUGUGGAAAAGAUAAGAACCAUCGCCCAGGCUGUCUAUGGAGCCGAAGAUAUUGAACUCUCUCCGGAGGCACAAUCCAAAAUAGAUCGUUACACGGAACAGGGUUUUGGAAAUUUGCCCAUCUGCAUGGCUAAGACCCACCUUUCCCUGUCUCACCAACCUGUCAAGAAAGGCGUACCGAAGGAUUUCAUUCUACCCAUUAGUGACGUACGGGCCAGCAUAGGCGCUGGGUUCAUUUACCCAUUGGUUGGAACGGUCAGUCGGUGUGUAUUCCCGGUGCUGUGUGUGCUGCCCGCUGAGACAUAUAACAAAGCAUAAAAGGUGGGGCCGCCCUCCAGGGACAGCAGGUGCUUUGAUAAUAGAGCAUCGACACCAGGAAAUUACAGCAAAUGGUUUGUGCAGUUUGCUCGCCACAAGGAAGGCGUAAAUGAUCCACGCAGUAAAACCUCAAAGAAAACCAAGACCACAGUGGGUCUUCGCGUAGGCUGGGAAGGUUGGUUAGAGACUGGGGCCUUGAGUGACAUACUGGGGCAUACCAGGACGUUUGAGAUUUUUGUGGGUGGAGGACCACCUGGCAUCAAUCACCUGAAGGAAGUAGAGACAGGUCAGGAGCCCUUGAGUGCAUGUGGUAGGCCCAGGAUGGGGGCAGUAAUGGUAGAAAUGGAGAGGAUGGUGUGUGGCCGGGAGACCACUAGGAAUCACAGAAACCGAACAUGGAUGGAAUAUGAGGAGGGGGUCCAGGGUGACUCCCGACGACCUGGAAGGAAGGGCGCACGAAGAGCAAGCUGGUGUCUCAGUGGAGGUGACUGGGAGCGCCAUGUUGUUUGCGGUGCCUGUUGCAUUUCCCUGUCAAGUCAUCCAUCAGCCAGUUAGAAAUUUGUUUUUGGAACUCAGGAGAGAGGCCAGAGCAAAAACAUGGAGACUUUUUUUACAUUCCGGUGAUACACAGUCUCCAAGUUCCCUUCCAAUUCAAAACAUUGUUGCCUGUCUGAUAUGCACGAUGUACUGGGUGACGGAGACGGGAAAGACCCAAUCCCUGCCCUGGACGCUUAGUGCUGACAGACUAAUAGAUCCAAGCAAAGUGUUGAAGGUGCCGGGUUGUAGAGAGACACGAGGAAGGGGUGCUCGCUUCUCCCGAGGGAAAGGACAGCCGUGCAGAGAACCUGCCUGGAAGUGCCCUGGGUGUCCUGAAAAAGGGCAGCGUUUAGGGGGGAAUCAUUCCAGACAGAGCAGUGGGCAGGAACCUGACUGCAGAGCGCCUUAGACCCUGUAGUUAGGAGUUGAACUUGACCCUGAAGGCAGUGGGAGGGAGCCCUUAACCAAUGGAAGGAUGUGUAAUAAGAUCAUUCCAACGCCUCUGCCUUGACAGCUCCAGGGGGCUCUUCACAGCAGUAAGUGUGAAUGGUUGCCCCUGGGCAUGGGCAGGGCCACCUCCUGCAUGGCCACAACACAAGGUCUCUGGGUCAUUCUCUAUUGCCUUUGAGGCAGAAAAACAAAACUUCCAGCAGUUUCCCUUGCCCAGGCUGGUGAGCCCUGUUCCAGGAUGGACCUUGUACUAGGUAAACAGGAAAGCCAGAAGUGUCAAAACGGGCAGCUCCAGGCUGUGUCUGGGGACAAAUGAGUUGUUUCUGCACUCUAUGUGGUCGCCUGUAGUGAAGUACUAUUUCUGUGUCCAUUUAGUCAUUAAGCCUCAAUAAUUUGGUUUCUGAAUGGACCGUGAUUUGCUGCAGGUCAGAGGCUUUUAAAGUUGUUUCAAGCUACAUUACACAAAUAAAGAGAAUUCUCCUAAAAAUAAAGGAAGUAAUCUCUUCUCUGUCUGAGACACCAUGCAUAAUUUGUCGAACUUGCACAAAUAUUUCCAGCCCAUUAGAAUCCUCUAUUUUCAGCGUGUUUGCGGCAUUAUCACAAUUAUUAUAAGCCCAUGGGGACCAGUAACCUGGGUUUCCACUAUCUUUGCUCUUUCUUUUUAUGGAGUGGUUCAGUCUGCUUACAGGUGGCAAAGAGUUAACUUGUCAUCAAAGCUAUAAAAUCACAAUGAUAUGUGAAAAGUUCUCCCUGAAGUGUAAAUCCCAAGUACUUGCUCAUAUUAAGAGACAGUUUUUUGUUUGGGCCUGAAAAUAAUUACAACAAGGACUCUUCUGCAAAAGGUCGGUUCUCCAAGUUGCAUACGGUCGGUCCAGCUCCCAGGUCCAUGAUGUGGUUGGCGUUCCCUCCAAAGUUUAUAAAAUAAUGAAUUUAGUAAAUGACUCAUUUGUAGUCCUUUAUGCCAUCUAAAACCCAUUUAUUUAAAGAAAUAGUUUUCACAUGGGUAAAAAUCAUUGCAUAGGUAGCUGUAAGUUCUUUAUUAUCUACAAUAACCACAACUGACUUCUUUUUUUUUUUGAAGUUGUUUUGACAGCCAGAGGUUGUUAUUUUAAUUUUGAUAAGUUUGUCAAAAAGAAUGGAAUGUGCUCCAUUUUAGAGAUGGAAAAGUUUGGGCAGGGAGAGAGGAGAGAGGCACCACCUAACAAUGGGAUUCCAAAAGGAGAUCUAUUUGACUUCUUUGAAGUGCUUUUAGUUUUCAUUUGAGGCAUAAAUUGGAACCUGCUAUCUUUCUUUGGAGUAGAAUGCAUUACAGACAGAAAAAAUAUAUAUAUCACUGCAAACACAUCACUGGAAAAAGAACGGAAGAUUUCAGGAAGAAGAAGAAUAUUAAGUGUAUGGAUUAGAAUUUCAGACAGAGUCUUCUUGUCUUUGGACAAUAAAUAGUUAAUGGUACAUGGAAACCCUGAUGGGGAAUCUCUGCAGCACUGAAAACAAAAAUGCCCAUAAAUCCCUCUUUAGCACUUCCUUGUGAUCACACAUUCAAGCUGAGGACAAGGGUGGAAUGUCCAGUUCAUCUCAAGUGCACCGGGCUACUCUGCAUCUUACCCUGACAUCCUGUCCUCCUUCCUGUGUUAUCAACAUGCAGGCACUGCUCUCUGUGUGUUAUUAAACACAAACAAACAAAAACUCUGUCUACGGUAGUCCUGUACGUUUUCACAGAUCUUCUAUUGUGAUUUUAUUUCUUCCGUAUCUUCUCUGUUGAGCACAUAAGCUCACAUCUUUCUAGCCCCCAAAAUAAUCCAUUCUUUUCCCCCAGAUGUAAUGUGUGAUGCGAAAAGGAAUCAUUGAAAGGAGGGUUAAAGAUACUAAUGUCUGGAUAGUUUCAGGACCAGAAUGUUGUCUCUAAAUAUAUACAGCGGCUAUAUGCUUAUAAUGUUUAAUGACUUGGAGAAAUAACUGGUUUGUUUAGUGGGAAAAUAAAUGGGAUUCAUAGACUAUAAUGUCAACAGUGUAAAAAUGCAUAGAAAAAGCAAGUAGAAACAAAGGGAUGUUUACUUAAAUUACAAU